ACGAGCGGGAGUUGUGAGACUUCCAUUUUCAAACCUCAGACGUAUGAAUUAACGAUGCUUUUCUUUGUUUACUUAGAUUUUUCUCUUGUUAAAGUUCUGUAGCUUUUGAAAAGAGUAAAUUGUGUGAUAAAGUACGAUAAGAAACGAUGGAUUCGACAGAAGACGAUAUUUCUGCUCGGGUUUUGUUGAGGAGGGUCCUGCACACAGAGUUACCCAAAUCUCCUGUAACCAGAAGUGCAACAAAUGUACGGCGGAGUAUGAGGCUAAAAAACACCCCUGGACCGGAGAGUCCUGGAUCUGCCUUACGACACAGACUCAAGAAGAAGCUCCAUGAGAGUGCCUCCUUGUCACCCCUCCCUUCACCUAAACGGCCGAGGUCAGCAUUGGCAAAUACGAACCCUCCUGUCACGGCCCCGUCCCCAGUGUAUGAUGAGGACAUGACCACUCGUGGUCUGCUCAGGGGGAUCAUUCAGAUGGAGACCGAAGCGUCGUUGCUGAUGUCGGGUCAGCCUGCACUUCAAGAAUCAGAGCCGAACCAAGCCGAGUCCAGUGCUGGAGAGAGAACUGAAGGUCUGUCUGGAGUGGAGCUGUCUGACCUGACUCUGAACACUGAACCCCUGACGCAAGUGGUCAGAGGACUGAGCCGCAAGAAACCGCAGCGCGUCUUCAGUGUGUCAGCGUUCGAGGAACAGUUUGAUCAGCUGCCAGACAACACAGAGGACAUCUCGCGUGUCUUUCAUAAAGGUGAUGUCUCUCAGGAGAAAGGAGAUGCUUCUCAAGUUUUAGAUUUGUCUUCUGACUCAAAAAGUGGGCUCAACCUGACCUUGAAGACACCGUUUGUAGAGAAGCGCAUUGAGAGGGCGGGGCUUCAGAGGAAGGUCUCCAAUCGAAGGCUGCAGUCUGUGGAUGCUUUUGAUGAGGCCGUUCAGAGAUGCUUGGAGCAGGGUCCUAACCAAGAUCACUCUGUGUUUCAGGAUGGAAAAACUCUAGAAGAUUCUUCCUGGCAGAAGUUCACUCUUGGCCUCAGUGAUGUCACAGAGCUUUAUGUCCAGCCUAAAAAAGAUGACACAAUGGGACCUUCUGCAGAGAAUGAGAGAGAACAUGAGCUUGAGAGACCCAGUGAAAUUCCUGACUCAGAACCUUUAAUUCAAGAAGAAAAAGAUCAUGAGCUGGAGUCACAGGAUGAGGAAGAGGUGGUGCAUUCAUCCCAAGAUGAUGUGUAUUUGACUCCAGAAGAUGAUAUCGUACUUGCUCCAACGCAGGCGAUGACAGAAUCACUUCCUGAAUCUCAUGAUAUGGAGCUACAAGAUGGAGAAUUUGUGGAGGAAGUUGAGAUUGGGAACGUUGUGGAAAUUGAGUACGAGAACGUUGUGGAAACUGAGGAUCAGGAAGUUGUGGAAAUUGAGCAUGACAGCGUUGAGGAAGUUGAGGAUGAGAACGUUGAGGAUGAGAACGUUGAGGAAGCUGAGGAUGAGAACGUUGAGGAAGCUGAGGAUGAGAACGUUGAGGAAGUUGAGGAUGAGAACGUUGAAGUGGAGAAUGAGAACGUUGAAGUGGAGAAUGAGAACGUUGAGGAUGAGAACGUUGAAGUGGAGAAUGAGAACGUUGAAGUGGAGAAUGAGAACGUUGAGGAAGUGGAGGAUGAGAACGUCGAGGAUGAGAACGUUGAGGAAGUGGAUGAUGAGAACGUCGAGGAUGAGAAAGUUGAGGAUGAGAACGUUGAAGUGGAGAAUGAGAACGUCGAGGAUGAGAAAGUUGAGGAUGAGAACGCAGAGGAAGUGGAUGAUGAGAAAGUUGAGGAUGAGAACGUUGAGGAUGAGGAGGUUGUUGAAGCUGAACAUAAUAUUGACACCUCACAGUAUCUAGUGCAAAUAACUCGUAGAGCUCACCGCUCAGAGGGAGGGGGUGCUGUUUUGGGAAUUCCAGGCACCGCGAGAGUCACAAAGAGUUUUGGAGCUGGAUUGAACCCCAGAGAGAAAGAUCUUUUGGAUUUUGUCGAUGAGGGCAGAGAGAGUUUACAGGACAUUCCAGAUGAAGAAAGAGAACCACUGGGAAGCCCUGAGUUUCCUCCGCCCCACCCUGCUGCAGAGCUCAGCACACCAGAGCAGAGGUCACAGCAACAUGAGGCUAGUGUGGCUGAAGAUGAUGACGCUCAAGAAGAACUGAACCAAUCAGAGGAAGAGGAGCUGAUGGACUCUGAACCACCCAAUCAUAGCCCUCAAUUUCCACAGGAAGAGGAGGAGGAAGAGGACGAUGAUGACGACGCUCUUAGUGCAGAAUUGUCCAUGAAAACUCCUGCGUUUGUAAGACAGAAAAGAGUUUUCACAAGUCGUACUACGCAGUCUACGCCAACAGUCCUUAAAGAAGUGAACACUGGUCCUGCCCCUCAGGUUGCCAAACGAGGCCCCAGACAGAAGCGUCAGACGGGGGUCAAUGUUCUUCCCAAGAGUUACGUCAUGAGCGUGUUCAAGCACUUCGCCAAGACCAAGGUGGCCAGUGACGUCUACCCUGCCAUUAAUGAAAUUCUUAAGAAGUACUUUGAACGGCUAGCGGACGAUCUGGAAGCGUAUGCUACUCAUGCCAAACGUAAAACUAUUGAGGUAGAAGAUUUUGAGCUCCUUAUGAGAAGGCAGGGCUUUUUGACGGACACCACGCCUGUGAAUAUACUAAUAGAGAAAUAUCUUCCAAUGGAGUAUCGGAAACUUCUCAUCCCGGUGGCCACCAGUGGAAACAAAGUCAUCCCAAAACAAAGAAGGUGAACAUGCAGAUGUGACAUCCUCCUUAAACACUGCAGGUGGCUCCACAUAUCUGCAUGUGUUCUUGUAAAAAUGUCCAUAUGUUCAAAACAAUAAAUGCCUUGAUUUGUAAAUAAGGAUUUGUGUAAUAUAUAUCUGCUAUUUGUUUUAUGCAGCACUAUUAAAAAAAUGCUUUCAGUUCUUUGUACUUUUAGCCAUUUAUGUAUUUUUUUUCCCCAAAACAAACAUUAAAAA